UUCCGCGGAGAUGGCGGCGAUUUCAGUGCACGGUGUUACCCGAAGAGGCCUCACGUGGAUAAUCGCAGGGGCCCCGCGUCGAGAAUUUUGGUCUCGAUUCAGAGAACAGGAAAAGCCAGUGGUAGCUGAGACAGUAGAGGAGGUGAAGAAAGAACCUGUCCUGGCGUGCCCACCCUUGCGAAGCCGAACAUACAUACCACCCGAAGAUCUCCAGAGUCGUUUGGAAUCUUGCGUCAAAGAAAUCGUUGGGCCAUCUGCUCCUAGCAAUUGGCAGGACAUCUCCCUGGAAGAUGUUCAUCUGAAGUUCAGUUUCUUGGCACGCUUAGCUGAUGACUUGGGCUAUGCAGUGCCUAACUCCAGGCUUCAUGAGAUGUGCAGGGUUAAAGAUGUUCUUGAUUUCUAUAAUGUGCCUGUUAAAGAUAUAUCUAAAUUUGAUGAGCUUAUUGCCAGUAAUCUGCCUCCCAAUUUAAAAAUCACCUGGGGCUACUGAGCAGUUCAGAAGAGGAACACAUUGAAAUCAUCCUCCCCCUCCUCCCCUCCGCCCCAACUAGGAGGCUAUGUCAGAUCUUUUGAUGCUUUGUCAUACUACCAGAACUGUUCUCUAAAACCACUUUCUCUGUGGAAGAAUGCAUUAUUUUUUUCUCAAAGCAUCAUCUAUUAACAAAU